AUGGAACCCAUCAAGGUCCAGUCCGAAGGCGGGCUUAACGUCACCCUGACCAUCCGACUGCUCAUGCACGGGAAGGAGGUGGGCAGCAUCAUUGGAAAGAAAGGAGAGACUGUGAAGAAAAUGCGAGAGGAUAGCGGAGCUCGCAUCAACAUCUCAGAAGGAAACUGCCCUGAAAGGAUCGUCACCAUCACCGGACCCACAGAUGCCAUCUUUAAAGCCUUUGCCAUGAUCGCUUACAAGUUUGAGGAGGAUAUCAUCAACUCAAUGAGCAACAGUCCAGCUACCAGUAAGCCCCCAGUGACUCUGCGUCUGGUGGUGCCAGCCAGUCAGUGUGGCUCACUCAUUGGCAAGGGGGGCUCCAAAAUCAAGGAGAUGAGAGAAUCUACUGGGGCGCAGGUGCAGGUGGCCGGGGACAUGCUGCCUAACUCCACAGAGAGGGCCGUAACCAUCUCGGGGGCCCCUGAAGCCAUCAUCCAGUGUGUCAAACAAAUAUGUGUGGUCAUGCUCGAGUCCCCACCCAAAGGUGCCACCAUUCCGUACCGCCCCAAGCCUGCCUCCACCCCUGUCAUUUUUUCAGGUGGCCAGGUAAGGGCAGAUCCGCUGGCGGCGUCCACGGCAAACCUCAGCCUCUUACUGCAGCACCAGCCACUGCCUGCAUACACUAUCCAGGGACAGUACGCCAUCCCUCAUCCUGAUUUGAGCAAGCUCCACCAGUUGGCUAUGCAGCAAACCCCCUUUACCCCCCUCGGACAGACCACCCCUGCCUUCCCCGGUCUGGAUGCCAGUAACCAGGCCAGUACUCAUGAACUCACCAUUCCCAAUGAUCUAAUAGGCUGCAUAAUCGGACGCCAGGGAACCAAAAUCAACGAGAUCCGUCAGAUGUCUGGGGCACAGAUCAAAAUUGCUAAUGCUAUGGAAGGGUCAUCGGAGCGCCAGAUCACCAUCACAGGGACUCCCGCUAACAUCAGCCUGGCCCAAUACCUCAUCAAUGCGAGGUUCCGAGAUGUUGCAGCCAUGUGGAAUGACCCAUCUUCCAUGACAACAUCAUAA